AAGCUUUUAAGUGUUAAACUUGUUCAAAUGGGCAGCCUUGCAUCAUUGAAUGAACUAGAAAACGGUUUUAGCAAUAAUGUUAACCCCCUAGAUCCUGAGGAAUUCAGGAGGCAAGGCCACAUGAUCAUUGAUUUUCUAGCUGAUUAUUAUCAGAACAUCGACAAGUACCCGGUUCUGAGUCAGGUCGAACCGGGAUACCUCCCGAAACGGUUGCCGACAACGGCACCGUAUGUCGCCGAGCCGGUGGAGGCGAUCCUUCAAGAUGUGCAGCAACAUAUUAUCCCCGGAAUAACUCAUUGGCAAAGUCCGAACUAUUUUGCGUAUUUUCCUUCGAGUGGUAGCGUGGCGGGGUUCCUCGGUGAAAUGCUUAGCACGGGUUUCAAUGUGGUCGGAUUCAACUGGAUAUCGUCACCGGCUGCGACCGAGCUGGAAUCCAUUGUCAUGGAUUGGCUUGGACAAAUGCUUGAUCUUCCUCGUGAGUUCCUUUUCUCCGGGAACGGAGGGGGCGUUUUGCAAGGAACAACUUGUGAGGCCAUUUUAUGUACGGUAACAGCCGCGAGAGAUCGGAUGUUUCUCAAAGUUGGGAGGGAGAACAUCGGGAAAUUGGUCGUCUAUGCUUCCGAUCAAACACAUAGUGCUCUAGCAAAGGCAGCUAAAAUCGCCGGUAUUGACCCUAAAAAUUUCAGAGCCAUCAGGACAAGAAGAUCAGCUGCAUUCGGUCUGUCACCUGAAUCAUUACGACAUGCAAUAAGCACAGACGUGAAAGCUGGACUUAUCCCGCUAUAUCUCUGUGCCACGAUCGGGACAACAUCGACCACCGCUGUUGAUCCGUUGAUUCCGCUAUGCGAUGUGGCAAAAGAAUACGGUAUGUGGGUUCAUGUGGAUGCUGCAUACGCAGGAAGUGCCUGUAUUUGUCCCGAGUUUCGGCAUUUUAUCGAUGGCGUCGAAGGAGCAGACUCUUUCAGUCUCAACGCACAUAAAUGGUUCUUCACCACAUUGGACUGCUGUUGCAUGUGGGUGAAGGAUCCAAGCAGUCUCAUAAAAUCGCUUUCCACCAACCCAGAGUAUCUCCGGAACAAAGCUACCGAUUCGAAACAAGUGGUGGACUACAAAGACUGGCAGAUAACUCUCAGCCGAAGGUUCCGAGCCAUGAAGCUCUGGCUUGUGAUGAGAAGCUAUGGUGUGGCCAACCUCAGAAACUUCCUCAGAAGUCACGUUAAAAUGGCGAAACGCUUCGAAGAGCUCGUAAUCACAGACGAUAGGUUUGAAAUCAUCGUCCCCAGGUAUUUCGCUAUGGUGUGUUUUAGGAUUUCGCCAUCGGCAUUACAGUUUCGUGAUAACGAAGACAACAACGCGCGUACGAACGAAUUUAACAAGAAAUUAUUAGAGACGAUCAACGCGGCGGGACACAUAUACGUUACUCAUGCACAGGUCGAUGAAAUUUACAUGAUAAGAUUUGCCAUUGGGGCCAGUCUUACGGAGGAUAAACAUGUUAUCAUGGCUUGGAAGGUGAUACAAGAGACAGUGGAUGCCAUGCUCAACAAUGUAUGAUUUUCGGUCAUCUUCCUCGUAUUGUGUUCCAGCGUACUACAUUAACUAAGACCCUGUGUUUUCUACAACAAGAUCGGUUUGUUUAUUGUAUGAUGAAAUAAUUAAUGUCUGGUUCUGGUUUGUGUAAGCGCGUUUAAUAUGCCAA